UUUAUAGCUAAACCAGUCUGUUUGUAGGCCGAAUGUUAGAAAUGCCAAAAAGCUCAAACCGUUCUUCAAUCGAUACGGGCUUGGCCUUUUAAGUGUGCUCCCACACGCUAAUACUCGUGGGCGCGGCCGCAGCUUAUUAUUAUCUCAAACGCCGACUCUGUAGUAGUAGUAGCCAGUAGGAAGAGUGAGAGUGACUGACUGAGCAAGAAAGAAGAAGCACCGUUCGUGGCCAGUGAUUUCUGCAUUUCAUUCCCGUUGCUGUUCAUUUCCGAUCUCAGGAAAAUGUCUGCGAUCUUCCGUCGACUGGCUUCGAAAUCCGCCAACCCUACUCCGGCGUCGUCUCCUGGUGGCGGAGGAGGAAGAUCACUCUUCAAGCGACUCCGUCUCCCCAUCGGCGUUGCGGUUGCUGCUGCGACUGGAGUAGCCUACUUCUGCUACGACGACACUCCGAUUACAGUUCAUGGACUGGUUGAGGUUCACCUGAAGGAACCAAGCGAAGAGAAUGCUCCGCAAGUUGUUCUCGAUCCGAAGAAGCAGACUGAAUUCAAGCUUCAAGACACUGCAACUGCUAGUCACAGCAUUGAUUUGUACAGGCUUACUGUGGAUUACUCUAAGAAGCAUGGUUUGAAAGUUGAUGCAUCCCCCAUUGAAAGGAACCCUCUAAGCUCAGAUCCAGCAGUUGAGGAAGACUAUGGGUUAUUGAUCAAGCUUUUUCCUGGUGCGGAGAUGAGUCGGCGUAUUGCUAGCUGGAAGUCUGCUCAAGCUGUGGAGGCGAAAGGGGAAAUUGAGGAGUGAUAUACACUCCAACGUCGAAUCAGUACACGAGCAUAUGAUAUAAUCCGCGGGAAAUGUAGGGAGUGAAGGUAUAGAGAGUUUUUUUUAGAACAGUGCGUGAUGAUACUUCAAAAUGAAGAGGAGGGAAAGAGUUGUUUUACUUUGAAGAAGGCUUUAUGUAGGCACGGAUUUAAACCCUUUUCAUUGCAAACAUGGAACACUCCAUGUUUGCAAAACCAUUUAAGAGCUAAUCCUUAGGUAAUGGGCUGAGUUUGAACCCAACCCACUGUUAGACGUAAGAAUGUGCGAAAACCCAAUUCGAUCUUCGACACUCUACAGCUUACAAAAAACCAGCAGGCACCCACUAAUCUGCACUCCAUCUUGGUGAGACUCCAGCUCAGCAUGUUUCCAUUUCUUUUUGCAUAUCUAAGACUAAGAGGCGAAGGUGGAAGUGGAUAAGAGAACCAUAAGUUUCAGGAGGUGAGAAGAAUUAUUGGCAUUGUUUCUUCCGGCCCAAGAAACCUUAGAACUUUUGUUGAAGAGCGAGUGUCUUCUGGAUGGUUAGAGUUUUAUACUACUAGCUAAGGCUUAGUGAUAUAUAUAUAUAUAUAUAUCAUAAACACUCGAGACGGAUUUCCCUACUCGCACAAUCUGAAGUCUGCUUAAUAACUUGUGAACGAAGUAUAACUUCAAUGCCUGUUUUUGUCUGUUCGUUUGUUGGAGAUUUACAGUCUGCAAUGGCCUCUUCAAUGAUCUUUUAGACCCUACUGUGGGCAAAAGUCGGAUUUCCCUCCGGUUGCCGGAAGAACUGUGGGCAAAAGUCGCGUCGUGGCUGCCGAUCGAAGAUGCGGCGAGAACCAGCGCGCUCUCGAAGAAAUGGCGGGAUCAGUGGAGAGCAACCCCGAACCGCCACUUCGACGACGGCCGCACCGAAUUCAGCAGAUUUGGCUGCCCUGUCUCGCGGUUCGGCUGCCUCGACGAAUUCUUGAGCUGGGUGGAACAGAUUGUCAUCCAAAUCGAGGAGAGCAGCGAGGAUUGGGGAUCGAUUUUCAUCGAAUCAUUGGGUAUCAAUUUUCUCCAUGGGGAUUUCGAGUACGGGUGGGUAGAACUCAACGAGGACGAUUUCCCAGGGAUGGCCGGGUAAAGGUAGUAUCAUUCACGAACCCUAGCUCUGGCUCUGGCUGUGGCUGCGGCUGCGGCUGCAGUCACCGCCGCCUCCUCCUCCUCCUCGGCGAUGUAUUCUCGAGGUCGCCGUGGCGGGGCUACUUGCUCCAACACUUGACGCUGCAGAACUGCGACAUGGAAACCGUAAAGAACCACCUAAUCGACGGCGGUAAAGGGUUUGUGCUAGAUUUGUUAUUUUUAAACACAAAUGAUAUUUUGAACUUUCUACUGGAAUUCGCGCUAAGUUCUAUGGUGAGUUGUAAAAGUAUAAAAGAUUUAAAUUUUU